GCAACAACAAACACCAAGGGUACAAAUGAUCAAUUACAAUCCUCAGAUUGAUCGCUCAUUUUACAUGUCUAAACAACCACGACCAGUUGGUAAUUUUCCAGGUCCACCCCCGAUGAUGCCACCAGGACCAUUCGGACCUCCAUUCUUCGGUGGACCGCAUUUCAAUAUGUAUGAUGCGAAUAUGCUACCAAUUCAACCUCCAAUGUUACCACCGGAGAUGCAUCCCAUGGGAAAUCCUUACAUGAACGUUCCUCAUGAAUGGAAUCCUGCACUUGCUGGGCCAUAUGGUCGUCCAAAUGUAAGGAGUGUAUGGGGAGAAUCGUUUAAUGCACCUCCGGAGAUGGGCGGUGGACCAUCUCUAUUCAAUCAACAACCAAAUACUGGAAGUACUUUUUUAUCACGUCCCACUCAGCAAAAUGAUAACUCUCCGAUAUCCCAGACUGGAUUUGAAAAUAAUAACUCUCUUUGGACUAAAAACCAGUGGGGAAAUAUGACUGGUGGAGAAGGAUCGAGUGAGAAUAAAUCGAACGAACAACAACUUGAUCAAAAAAGAACAAACAAUAGACCUUCGACGUUUGUUCCUGCACCUCAACAACGUGAAGGCCCAUUUUUCAAUUCGAAUACAUCCGGAUUGCCAAUGAUGCCUCCUCAUAUGUUUCCAGGAUUCGUUCCACCACCGAUCUCGGGGCCGUCUUCUGGUCCUCGACGUAAUAAUAAUAACCAAAUAUUUCCAGGACCAGUACCUCCUGAGCACGUCAAUUUGCCACGUAUGAACAUGAUGCCACCUCCAAUUAUGGGAUUUCCUCAACAACCUACACCACUAAAUGGUGCCAUAAGGCCUCCAAAGUCCUCAGAGUUAUUUGAUCCAAAUAAUUCAACACAAGCCUCAAAUGUUUCUGUAUCUACUCCUGACACCAUCUUACCAACUUCUCAACCGCCUUCAAGUACAUCAGCGUUAGUGCGAUCGUUGAGCCUUUCUUCAAACCAUUCACAAGGGAAAAAUCAGAGUAAUCAUCAUCGUGCAUCUUCCACAUCACCAUCAGGAACUAGCAAAAAGAAAGAAAGUGGUGUGCUUUUGUUUGAUUAUUCCAUGCAAGUACCGUAUGAGGGUGUUAAGCCUAGCGAAGCUAACGAACCGCCACAACCAAAUCAUAUCAUCGAACUUUAUGAUUUUGCUGAAUCUGACAAUUUAAUUGAUAUUACAUUUGCUAAUGCAACUAUUAAAAUGAUUUAUCCUCUCCCAAAUUCAUCUAAUAAGCGGCCAACAAUUUUAGCUAUAUUUAAGACUUCGCGUGAGGCUAACAAAGCAAUGCAAAAUUUCAAAGGUGUAAGAUUCAAAAUCAAGACAUGGGAGCCUUUGGUGAAAAAUAAUGAAGGUAAUGUCACACCACCAACUGUUGUCGACUAG